AACUCGUGGUGGAAUUUAGAAAGCCGUAGAAGGGUAGAGAAUGAACUGGUUGCGGAACCGCGUCUCGGCCGCCGUCUUCACUCGUCCCAGUGCUUCCCUGAACUCAGUGAGUUGGGAGCUCCAACAAUGCCGCGGAAUCCGAGUGAAGGUCUACAACAACAAUCUAGAGAGAGCAUUGGUGGUGAUGCAAAGGAUGAUGCAGUCCAGCGGGAUCGAACGGAUCAUAAAGCGCCAGCAGCCUCGCCAUAUCAAGAACUGCGAGAAGCGGGUACUCGCUAAGAAAGCCCUCCAGCGUAAGAUCCGCUCCCAAGAACUCGCUCGCAAGCUCAAAUCCAUCCUCGUCAAGAAAGUCAGGGGUCUGUAAGAGGAGUAAAAGAGAUAUCUAUCCGCAUUCGUGGUGAGAGCCAAUCUCCAUUUUGUUGCGGUUUAUUCAAUGGCUUGAAUUUUUAUUAUGCAGAACAGUGGUGUAAAGCGAAGACUGCUAUCAUCAAAUCUGUAAUUUGUUAUAUCCUCACUGCUAAAAGUGAAUUGGUGGAUUUGAGCAUUCUUACGUAUACGGCAAAUUGUGAAUUUUGCCGGACUUUUUGCUCUUGAAUAUUUCAUAAAUUUUUAGAGAUGUGUUGUUUCUCUAGCUACUUUAUCAUUUGUUGUUAGUAUUUGAAGUUUGGGGAU